AUGUCUCCGGCUUAUCGUGGCUUUAUCGGCCACUUCUUCCUCCUCCUCAGCUUAUAUGCCUAUGAGAAACUCUCCGAUGAGUCUUUAAAUUCCCUUCCUCGCGCCAGUGGAGAUUACGACAUCCACACGGGCUCCCUCCUCUCGCCGAUCCUCCGCACUCGCGUCCCAGGAACAGAAGGCCACGAAGCAGUCCUCGAACACUUCGCCAACUUCUUUCGAACAACAUUACCGAAAUGGAACAUUGAACUGCAGAACUCGACUUCCACCACCCCGAUAUCCAAGGGCAAGGAAGUCCCCUUUGUCAAUUUCAUUGCCUCGCGCGAUCCGCCAGGAGCCCCGGUUGGAGAUGUCGGGCGGUUGACAUUGGUCGCGCAUUACGAUAGCAAGCUGACACCGAUGGGUUUCAUCGGUGCCAUUGAUAGCGCGGCCCCAUGUGCGAUCCUCAUGCACGCCGUGCGCACCAUUGAUACGGCCCUGGAUGCGAAAUGGACCGCGAUGCGUGCCGAAGGAUUGGACCCGUCUCUUGAGGACGAACGUGGCAUCCAGAUCCUCUUCUUGGACGGCGAAGAAGCUUUCGACCACUGGUCCGAUACAGACUCUCUAUACGGUGCGCGGUCUCUGGCCGCGGACUGGAGUUCGGAAUUCUACCCGGCAAUGUCAACCUACAAAACACCCCUCUCAUCCAUCGAACUCUUCGUCCUUCUUGACCUCCUCGGUUCUAAAGCACCCAAUAUCCAAUCAUAUUACCAGACAACUCACUGGGCAUAUCAAAGCCUCGCCGCGGCCGAGGAGCGUUUGCGUUCCCUGGGUCGGAUGAAAACCGCUUCAGAUCAACAUUGGUUCCCUGAUUCAAAGAAGAACUCGCAUGAUGUUAUUCCCUUUGGUGGAAUCUCGGAUGAUCAUCUUCCAUUUCUAGCGCGCGGCGUGGAAGUUUUACAUCUUAUUGACUUUACGCCGUUCAAGGGCUUCCCGCCUGUUUGGCAUACCCUUGAUGAUGACGCGGAGCAUCUUGAUAUGGCCACGGUUGAAGACUGGGGUCUGGUCAUCACUGCUUUUGCGGCCGAGUGGAUGGAGUUGGAGGGGUACUUGGAUUUUGGGCAGCAGGCGGAGUCACAGUCAAAGUCGCGCCGGGAUGAAGAGCUUGAGUUUGAGGCAGAGGCUAUUCGUCUCAACAAGAAGACCGAAUUGUAA